AUGUCAACUUUCUUUGAUGAAAUGCAAAAGUCCUUUGCCGACGUGAAAAUCACAGACGGUAAAAUCGACACCUCAGAUUUCUUGCAAGCUUCUGAGUCACUUGUCAAAUUGUUUGACUUGUUAGGUUCAACUGCAUUUGUUGUUGUUCAAAAUGACAUGAAUGGCAACAUUGCCAAGAUCCGUAAGAAACUAUUAGAAGACCCAGCCAACGCCUCCACUUUGCAAGAUUUGGUCCUCACUGAAUCUAAAACCAAGACCAAGACCGCAACCCAGGGUUUAUUAUGGUUAUCACGAGGCUUACAAUUCACAGCACAGGCAAUGAGAGAAACCAUUGAUCAACCAGACAAAGAGUUGACUGCUACGUUUACUGAUGCUUAUGGUAAAACCUUGUCCAAGUACCACGGUAUGUUUGUUAAGCCUGUUUUCAAGUUGGCCAUGCAAGCAUGUCCUUAUCGAAAGGACUUUUUCGCGAAAUUGGGGGCUGACCAGACUAAAGUUGCUGAGCAAUUGAAAGCUUGGUUAGAGGCUUUGGAAAAGAUUGUCAAGAUUAUCUUUGAUUUCUUUGCCUCGGGCAACUACGGUAAAGGAUUGUAA